AUGACGAUGCGCGCACCCGCCGCGAGCGCGAUCGGGGCGAUGCAUCACCGAGCGUCGACGCGCGCGGCGUCAACGUCUUCGACGCGCGGCGGGAAGCCGACGCGAUGUUCGAGCGCGACGUCGACGUCUCGAACGGCGUCGUGGGUCGACAGAUCGGCGCGGCGCGCGAGGACGACGAGGCGAAAAACCAUCGUUCGCGAUGGAGCAGAGUUCGCGAACGAUUCGGGUGGGUACGAGCGGUACCUGAGCAGCGACGCCGCGGAAGGGGGCGAAGGGGACGGCGAGGACGGCGCGGCGGCGCGCGCGAAAGAAGGCGCGCAAAUGUCCACGUCGUCGGCUCAGGCUCGGGAACGUGAACGUGAAGUUGGUGCCAGUUACGACGACGAGUUCGUCGCGCUCGUGCGCGCGCGCAAGGAGGCUACGGAGGAGGAGACGAGGAAAAGGUGGAACGAAGGGGCGGCGACGCCGCGAGUGGCUUACGAUCUCGGGCAGGAUUACAUACGCAGGGUCUCGGUGGCGUAUCCGUACGCCGUAGUCGGCUCCGCGCGCGGUGAUGUGGCGGUGUGCGACGUCGUCGACGCUUCCGCGCUCGCAGUGUCGCCCGCGGCGCACAAGAAGGAUUGGUCCGACGUCGACGCCAGGCCGUUGGGAGAACGCGUGCUCUUGGGGGCGCACGAUGGCGGUGCGGUCACGGCGGUGGCGAUCACGAAAGAUGCGCCGAAGCAAGAGAAGUAUGAUUUCGCGCACGUCGCAUCCGGAGGCCGAGACGGCGUCGUACGACUGUACAAGGCGUGCAAGAAUAGCGCCGCGCUGCACGAGCUCGGCUGCGCCAAUCACGACGACGUCGUUACGGGCGUUACUUUCGCGCGAGGCUCACUUUGGAGCGUCGCUCUCGAUGGUCGUUUGUGUCGCUGGUCUCUUGCGACUUCGCACGCCAAGGUCAAGUCUGCCAAGCACGCCAAGGAGUCGCUCAUCGACGCCGACGAGUACGUCCGCGAACAGGCGCCGGCGCUCACCAAGGAAGGUGAGUGGCGUAGCGGACAACCCACGCUUUGUUUGAACGCGUGUGAAAGCUCUGGGUUGAUUUCAAUCGGAAACGCCGAUGGAUCCGCUGCGUUGCUGAGCGCGGAAGUGAGUCAUACGACUAUCGGCGAAACAGCCGUCGUAAACGCUUGGAUUGCUCACGAAGGCUCCACCGUCCGCGCUAUCGCGCACGGCCCGAACGGGAACACCGUAGUCACUGGUGGUGGCGACGGCGUGAUCCGCGUGUGGUACUUGGUCGAGGAACAAACGGUCGGUGGUUUUAGGAGCAUGAACAGACAGAAACUAGGCCUCCCGCAAGUCACGCCGAUUCUCGUCGCCGAACUUCGAGGACACACCUCCGCCGUCGUGUCUCUGUCCACGGGAUGCCCUGGUCGAUUAGUCAGCGGCGCUCACGACGGAACGAUUCGAGUGUGGGACUUGGAUGUGAAGCCCCCGCCCAAAGUGGCGAACAUUAAAGCCGUUCGCAGAGACGCGAGAUACGCGGUUCUUGGUCACACCAUUUGGCUCGGCGGUACGUACGCCGACGCCGAACGCAUCAUAUGCGACGGCGCGAACAAUGUGUUGUUGGAGUACGACUUUUCCAACGCACCCCAGGACGUCUGA